UUGAAUGAGUGAUUGAGUAUUGUUAAAUUUUUAAAAUGGAAUCGAAAAUAGUUACCGAAUUUAUGGAACAAACUGGUUGUGAUUUAGAAUUAGCUCAUACUUUAUUACAAUUGAAAUGCUGGGAUUUAAAUGGUGCCUUAUUGUAUUGGAAUGAGUUAAAUAAUGUUGAUCAAGAUUCUGAUCAGCAAAUAUUAUCCACAACGAAUCAAGAACAACCUUUACCAACAGGAACUGAUGAUUUAAAUUAUAAAGAAGGUAAUAGAAAACUAAGACGUGGUAUAUCCCGUGCAACAGACAACUUACCAAUAGUAUUACGUGCACGAAACGCUAUUGAAUGUAAUUUAAAAAAGAACAUUUGUGAUCAAGAAAUACCUGAACAUGCUACAACAUCUAAACAAGUUAAAGAAGACGAUCAUCAAUUACAAUUAAUAUCCGAGAUAGAUGGAAAUAAAAAUAAAGGAAUUGAAAUAGAAAAAUCAGAAUAUACUUUUACAUUACCAGAUUUAACGUUAUAUGAGCAUGCAGAUCAUAGAGAUGGUGAACAUCGAGAUGAAUUUAAACAAUUCUUAGAGAAUGAUUUGAUUGAAAAGUCUACGUUAAUUUCAUUAGAAUCAUCUAAUCGAUUAAAUUGGUGGCUCUCAUAUAAUGUUGGCGAAAAAUUGUGGCCAUUAUCAACAAAUGGUGAUGGUAAUUGUUUGCUGCAUGCAGCAUCGCUCUCAAUCUGGGGAUUCCAUGAUCGUCUUUUAACAUUACGUAAAACAUUAUAUCAAUAUUUAUUACAACAGCAGUCAAAACAUGACAAUAAUAAAUCACAAUUAUACCGUCGAUGGCGUUAUCAACAGACUAUCAUCAACAAACAAAACUCAUUAACGUUAAAUGAACAAGAAUGGUUAGUGGAAUGGACCAACAUAAUAAAUAUGGCCUCAAUAGAACCAACACACUCAACAAAUUCAAACCAUUAUCAAAGUUUAGAAGAGAUUCAUGUUCUAGCACUUUCAAUCAUCUUAAAACGACCAAUUAUUAUCAUCUCGAAUACCAUAUUAAACGAUCUAAAUGGUGAUCCAUUAUCACCGAUAACAUUCGGUGGAAUUUAUUUACCAUUUACAACACAUAAUAAUUAUAAAUCACCAUUGUUGCUUACAUACAAUAAUGGACAUUUUUCUUCCUUAGUAAUACAAUGUGGUGGGGAUGAUUUAAAUAAUAAAAUGAUACCAAUAGUUGAUUCAAAUAUAACUUUGUUACCACUUCAAUAUAAUUAUGAUCCGGGGGAAGAUGUACAAUGGAAUACAAUUGAAUAUGUGAAUUAUAUGAAUAAUUAUGAAUACAAUAUUCAUAUGUUACAAGAAUAUUUAGAUACAGUUGAAUGUAAUAUUACAAACUCAUGUUUUCCACAACAAGUUGUUAAACAAUUCGGCUCAAUCGGUAAAACAAUGAGCGCCAAAUUGAAGAAAAAUUUUAAUAAAAUCUUAAAACCAACAAAUAAUAAAUUAAAAUCGAAUAUAAUUUUAUGUUGUAAAUUAAAUAUCGUACGACAUGAAUAUCACGAUGACAUGAUACAUAACUACAUACAAUAUGCAUAUAAACGUUUUAUCGAACAACAGUUACCAUCCACAUCAUUCAAUUAUUACGAAUGUAUCAAUUGUCAUAAAUUAACCGGUACAAGUGAACAGUGUUACAUGUGCCCGGAUUGUUAUUAUCUACAGUAUCAUCAAGAAUUAGAUAAUAUUUUAAAUAAUAAUAAUGAAAUAAAUCGUCAUCAAUAUGGUACUGGUAAAUCAAAAUUUUAUACAAAUUGUCAUGAUAAUAGUUCAAAUUCGAAUACUAGUCGAAGUUCAGUACCAUCAACAACUUUAUUAAAUCCCACCUUGUACUUAUCAAAAUCCACCUUCUAUAAUGAUACGGGCACUCAAUUAUUUAAUACAAAUGAUUCGACUCAAACUACAACUAUUACAUAAAUUUGAUUUGUAAAGAGUGUCUAGCGAUUAAGAGAAACUUUGAAUUCCACAAGAUGCUCCAUAUAUAAUUUCAGUUCUAGAAACUAUUAAAUUGUAAUUAAAUGCUUUCAAAAAAACAAUCUGUCGUUCCAAAGAAUUCAGUAUCCAUCUUAUUAUUGUUUCGUAUGUUUUUCGCGUGUUGUAUUCGAAUCUAAAGCUUUACAACAAACUUUCAAGGUGUAUUUUGAAAUAUUUAUAAAAUAUUCUCUUUUAUAAUUUCAAAAGUUUGCAUGGAAUAUGGACUUUUAUAUCUACGAACUAAAAUCCAUUCAAAGUUCGAUCACACCAUUCGUAGCUAAAUAAAAGCUGCCCUUUCCCUUUACAAUAGAGACUUUCUUUACAAUAGUAGCUUUCAACAGUGCCUUUGCUUAUUAUCCACCGAACGAUAUCUAAAUUAAUAAAAUGCUAGUAGCUCCGAAAAUUUUCGUGUAUAUCAUAACCUGUUUAUUGUUGAAGUGUAUUUGAUGUAAAUUUCGAAUACUUUAUUGAAAAACUUCGAAGAAAGACGUUCUUUUCCCUACAUUCGGUAGCUGACCUACGAAUAUAUUUCUACACAACCAGAAAUUUCGUUGUUUUAAAAAAAAUUCUAUUUAAAUACCUAAGUACUCAGGAGCUUUUUCGAAAUGAUUGAAAGCACAUCGAAACUCAUCGGAAAAAUUUUAAACAUAAACAACGCUAGACACUCUUAUUAUUAUUUAUAUUGUAGCUCUCUUAAAAUCUUUUCUCACUAUUUAUGCCUCAAAUCUCAAACAAGUAAAAAAUGGACUUGACUUUGCAAAAAGUCAAGCAAGUUUUAUUCAGGUGAUUUUUUAGCUCAUCGAUGCAAAUAAGCAAAUACUAAUAAAAAACUGUGACAGAUGAUAAAAAUUAUCAAUUCCAUCCUUACACUUUCAAACACCGCCAUAAUGGUAUUUUUUUAUGAUUUACAGAUAAAAUUAUUAGUAUGGGAUUAUGUUUCCAAAUACUGUCUUUUUUUAGAGCCAUGUUUAUUUUUCCCUAUUUCGGUAAUUUAGAAAAAAAAGACGGGUUUUUGUGUCUACUCAUGAGCUUUUUUUUAAUAAUAAGAGCCAAUCAAUAGAGGAGAUGUUGCAAAUCUAUCUUGAAAGUGUGGCCGCUCGCCCUAUCACAUUUGAAAAUAGGGAUUGAAAAUAAUUUUUGCUAUUUCCAGGUUUUUUUUUAUUAGAUUAGUAGUUUCUUAAUUACAGCUGAGUUAAAUUAUUUAUUGUACAGAUAUUUCAGUUAUAGAAAAAUAUUAAAGAAAUAUCGUAUUAAAUAGAUCUAUAAUUAAAUAUUAAAAAUAGAUGUUAUUUUCUUGCCUUUUGUAAAGGUAAUUUCUCAUUGACGUUACACUUUUUACUGCCAUAUUCUACCUUUUAAGUACUCCUAACUUCCAGGUUUUAUUCAGUAAUAAUGCAAAAAUUUGAAGAAAAAGAAUUAGAAAUUAUUAUAGGCCUAAAACUAAGAUGAAUUGACCCCAUGUAAUUUUUUUUAAAAUAAAGCCUCCUCGGCUCAACGAUGAGUUAACAAAUCAUUCUAUAUUUUUCAUUGAUAUAAAACUUAUUUCGUGUGCAAAGACUUGCAAAGAAAAAGUGUAUAAGAGUUUUACAGAUGUUUAGAUUAUUUAUUGAUUAACUAAAGCAGCUAGUAUUUAUUGAAAUAAAAAUAUAUUUUGUAGAUUUUAUAUAUUUGAUAUCUAACAAACACACUCAUUG